CAAACCCGUCUGGAAAAUCAACGCAGCAGAGGCAGAGGAGGGUGGCGGGAGGAGAAGUUCCCCAGGCAAAGUCUCGGAGUGGCAUUGGCUCGGGAAGUUUUCACGUCAUUUGCUUCCCUUCGCCUCCCUCUCCUUUCCCCUCCCUCAGCCUCUCUCCCCCCGCGAACCCGGAGCGCCCAUGGAGCAGGUGGCGAAGAGGAAACCGAGCUUACAGCACUGAGAACCCCCGGACCCGGAGCCCGUGAUGUCUGGCCCCAAACAGGAGGCUUCCCCGCCUUGUCGGAACUGGUCAUCUUGUCCAGAGCUCAACAGGACUCGGGAGCCUUUGGGGAAUCUCUCGCUCUAUGACGAUGAGGAAUUGCUGCGCUACGUGUGGAGAGAAUACUUACACCCCAAAGAAUAUGAAUGGGUUCUGAUCGCUGGCUAUAUCAUCGUAUUCAUCGUGGCGCUCAUUGGCAAUGUCCUGGUUUGUGUUGCAGUGUGGAAGAACCAUCACAUGAGGACUGUCACCAACUACUUCAUUGUGAACCUUUCCCUGGCUGAUGUGCUUGUGACCAUUACUUGCCUUCCAGCAACAUUGGUGGUGGAUAUUACAGAGACUUGGUUCUUUGGACAGUCCCUCUGCAAAGUGAUCCCUUACUUACAGACUGUGUCAGUCUCUGUGUCUGUGCUAACACUGAGCUGCAUAGCCUUGGAUCGAUGGUAUGCCAUUUGUCACCCUUUGAUGUUUAAGAGCACUGCCAAGCGGGCAAGGAACAGCAUUGUAAUUAUCUGGAUCGUAUCAUGCAUCAUAAUGAUUCCUCAGGCGAUUGUCAUGGAAUGCAGCAACGUGCUCCCAGAUUUAGCCAAUAAAACCACUCUGUUUACAGUGUGUGAUGAACGUUGGGGUGGUGAAAUUUAUCCCAAGAUGUACCACACAUGCUUUUUCCUGGUGACGUAUAUGGCACCUUUGUGUCUCAUGGUGUUGGCCUAUUUACAAAUAUUCAGAAAACUAUGGUGCCGCCAGAUCCCCGGAACCUCUUCAGUGGUUCAGAGAAGGUGGAAACCUCUAUACCCUGCUACCCAGACCCGGGGAGGGCCAGGCCAGCAGACGAAAUCCCGAAUUAGUGCUGUGACCGCAGAAAUUAAACAGAUUAGAGCCAGAAGGAAAACAGCACGGAUGCUAAUGGUGGUCCUUCUGGUGUUUGCCAUUUGUUAUCUCCCAAUUAGUAUCCUCAACAUGUUAAAGAGGGUGUUUGGGAUGUUUGCCUAUACAGAAGACAGAGAGACUGUGUAUGCCUGGUUUACAUUCUCACACUGGCUUGUCUAUGCCAACAGUGCUGCAAACCCAAUUAUUUAUAACUUUCUCAGUGGAAAAUUUCGAGAAGAAUUUAAAGCAGCAUUUUCUUGUUGUUGCCUUGGAGUUAACCCUCGCCAGGACGAACGACUUGCCCGGGGACGAACAAGCACAGAGAGCCGGAAAUCCCUGACCACGCAAUUCAGUAGCUUUGAUAAUGUAUCGAAACUUUCCGAACACGUUGUACUGACGAGCAUAAGCACACUUCCAGCAGCAAAUGGAGCUGGACCACUUCACAACUGGUAUCUACAGCAAGGGCCACCACCUUCACUCCUGUCAACCUGGUUGGAAUCCUGAGGAAAGACACUGAGAUGUGAACCAAUGUGCAAUCUCAACUGUUUUCUCAUUCAAAUCGAUAGCCAUUCUUCCAGAGACUGCCAUAUGAUAAGUGCAAUGUGGAAAAGAUUGGAUCCAAAACCCCUUUGUGCCACUUUAUGGGUAACCUGAUAAAAGAUGUCUAGAACUAUCAAUCCCAAAAUAUUUCCUUAUUUACAUUUACUGAGAGUCUGAGUUUUGCUGAAGGGGACAGAUUUUCAAAGGACUGGCAGAGAACUCACAUACAAGAAAAUCUGGGAAUAGAAUUAUAUACCACAGUACAUAGCUCUCAACACUUGGAUUAAGGAAUUCUUCCAACAUGACUGAAUUUGGUAUGAUUACCAUAACAGGACAAAUGGUAAGGAAACAGGUGUCCAGAAACCCUGCCAAUCCUAUGGAACAAAACGGUCAACUACUUACCUCAUUAUGUGCUAAAGACACAAAAUGAGAAGACUUAUUAAAGAAAGGAAUGUGUUGUCAAUGUGUUCUACUUUAUACACUGCACAUCUUCUUAUUCCCCCUUUGCUAUGUUUAAAACAAAGAUUGAAAGGAAUUUGCCAUUGUAUUGAUAAGUGUAGUUAGGUGAAUUUUGAAUAUUUUAGAAUCCAAUCGACACUCUUUUUUCCUACGUUUCUUCCCUAACUGGGAUAUAAAUAUUUUAAUUCAUCUAUUCUUGGCAAAAGAUGACUUCCUGUUUCUAAGGAAAAUGACUUUUAAAGUCUCCAAGGCUCAGAAGGCUUUUUGGACAUUAAAUUACUCUAAAAAAUUGAUGAGCUAAUUGUAAAGGCAUCACGAAAGUAUCAAUUUUAUUUCACUCCCAAUAUACUUCAACAUUUAAAACUUGGUACAAACAUGGAGAAAAACUUGCUUUCAAAAUGUCA